AUGCUCGCCGCAUCAACAAAGUUAUCCUACAGAUGCACGUCUCGUCUCCACCUCUCCAUGAAUUACUUGCACGUUUUGGCUGAAACUCCAUAUUCUCCAGUGUCAAUUUUACUGCAGGAUACUUACACCACGAGGUUCGUAAAUAUAAUAGCAUUUGUCUACUAUGGUCGGAAAUAUCAAUUCACUGUCGGCCCUUUCGGUUUGAACAUCUCCAAUACUGCGUCCGGUUACGCCCUCGAAUCUGUCCUUAAUGUAUCGCUUCUAGACUGUGAAGACAAGAUGAAUGAUCUGAUGAUGAAUGUGUAUAUCUACAUCUACGAUCUACUAGUAUCAUCCUCCAGUUUCGACGAACACCUCCAACGCCUCCGUAUUCUAUUCGGGAAAAUCGACAUAUCUGGCAUGACGCUGAAGCUCACCAAGUGCGAAUUCGUUAAAGGGUUUCUGGGCCAUAUUAUUAGUUCGUCCGGAAUGUCCACGGACCCCAAGAAGCUCAUGUCCAUCCGCUGCUAUCCGCAGCCAUCCGCCACGUAUUAA